UAUUUGACAAUAGAAUUUGUCGCAACCUUGAACACAGACAUAUUUCUCAACAUAAAAGUUUUUUUUUCGUUUUAAUUAAAUAAAUUCCUUUUGUCAGGCCUACAGAUCGUAAAUUUAAUUUAUCCCAAAAUGCUUCCAAUGCCACAAAAAUAAUGGCAAAGUUCAGGUUGUGGAAAAAAACGGGAAGAGAUGUUCAAUCGCAUAAAUGAUUCCGAGUGCAAGUGAAAAUAGAAAAGAAAAUUGUCAUCAAAAAUGAAGAAGGUGUUUUGUUUUUGGCUGGUGGCAGAGAAUGAUUUUAAAUAAAUUAAUAGCAAAAUGUGACAUCAGCAAUUAUUUUCGAUUUCGAUUUCCACAAUUAUUACCAAAGAAUUUACUCACUAAACCUUGGUCGUAUUGAAGCGAAAUGGGUUGCAUUAACAGUAAAAAGGAAUUGAUUGAUAUUAAUCCGAAUUUGUACAGAGUUGUCAAUGUAGAUGAUGAAGGCAAUGCGCUGUGGAGUGGUCAGCUCGGCAUAACAAGGCUAGAAUUAACAUUGUAUCGCAAAGGAAAAGAUCCUACGACGUGGCCCAUCAAAUGCCUGCGUCGAUAUGGAUACGAUGCUGAUCUGUUUACCUUCGAAGCUGGUCGCAGAUGUACGACGGGCGAGGGAAUUUAUGCGUUUCGUUGUCGUCGAGCCGAGAGUCUGUUUCAAACACUGCAGAGCUACAUUCAACUCCCUAUCGAAGACACACAAAAUCAAGAUUUACAAAUGCUCGUCAACAAUGGGCCACUGGUAAUACCUCGACAUUCUGGAUCGUCACAGCAACCGUCGCAAACAAACCAGACGCCUAGCGGUGGAUAUUACAUCAUGAAUCGUCCAACUAGUCAAAAUUUAAGUCCCAGUGGCACAAUACAAUCGAAUUCGAACCGAACGCGAAGUGCUGACACCCUAACAUCCGAUGGAAAUUAUCUGGAUCCUACACCGAAUCGCCCAGCACCAAUAUCGCGUUUCCAAAGUGGCUUGCGACUGAGUUCGGUCAGCAGUGGCCCGAUGAGUCCGGAUCCGGGGUCACCGAGUAGUAUUACAGAUAUCUUAGAAGUAACUCAAUUAAAUCCAUUGCCUACCAGCAAUCCGGGAAAUCUUUAUCAGGAAUUCCCUCUGCGAGAGCAUAACAACAACAGUAGCAACAAAAAACUAUCGUUAGAUUGUCCCAUCAAUCUUGAUUGUCCACCCCAAGAGCCGGCACCAGCACCAAGUUUGAGCGCGUUGCGAAGGGAAUUCGGGGUGAAAAAUAGCAUGGACAAUGAGCUUCCCGUAUCACUAUCUCCGAUUUCGACGACACAGGCAGCCAGUGAUUUAUUAGAUAAUUCUCACAUCAUGUACAUGAAUAUCGUAGUGGGCGAAUCGCAACAGAAUAAAUUCACAAGCGGAUCGGAUACGCCGAAAGUGAUUCAAACUCCAACCACAACCGGUUCGAUGUUCGGUAUUCCGCAUUCAAUGCAUUCACAAUAUUCGAUAGACUCGAUGCGAUUAUACGAAAACUUAGAGCCCGGAGACAUUCGUCCAUUGGCGCAGCGCAAUCGCUUAUCGAAACCGGACAUUUUUGCCAAAGUAGAGCUUCCAGCGAACGAAAAGUCCGAGCCGAGCACACCGAAUCAUCGUUGCGUUUACAUUCAAUUGGAUUUAGAUCAAAUAUCAUCAACCGUUUCAAAUAGUGCCAAUAUCUCGACAUCAUCUAGCGGAACGAAUAGUCGACCCAUACUUCCAACCAUCACUACAACAAGUGUAAUCACAAAUAACACUUCAUCGAUUUCGACGACGACAAUGAGUGUACUGCCACCGGAUAGUCCGAAGUCAUCAGGUGUUGAAACCAAUAGUGGCCUAGACUAUGCCACUAUUGAUUUCAACAAAACCAUUGCUUUAUCGAAUUCGACAACUCCAUCGUCUGAGUUGGACGGCGAAGGCUCACGUAAAACGAGACACAGUUCGAUAGCCACAUUCGGUCCGACUAAACAUAGUAAUUCCGUCAGUGAUUGAAAUAAAUGUGGCGAUGAUGAUGUUAUGUCUGUAGAUUGUUUCUAACAAAACAGAAAAAAAAACAAUUUGUGUAGUUACGACAUAGAUAAAGAGGACAGAGAGUAUUAGUUAUACAUCGAAUUUAUAUGUUUCAACAGUUUUACACGAAAAUACCAUAGUCGCGUAUGUACGUACAAUAAAUAAGUUUGCAUUGAACUUUAUAUAUAUACACAGAACAAAGAGCUAAGGAAAUUUUUUACCAAAAAAGAAAAGACAAAAAGAACAAAUUUAUUCAUCAAAACAUUAGAUCAGUAAGUCUAAGUUAAUUAAGGAACUGUUAAUAGUCAAAUUGUUGGUUUUUUCGAGUGAAACACUAACACAAAAGACAUUUAAAUUUCGGCGGAAUAUUUCAUAACCGGAAAGACGUAUAUUGAUUCGAAUGUAUCCAUCCAUAUUCCAACGUUUAUACUCUGAUUUAUACUCUUUGCAUUUGUGCUCGAAAAAUUAUUUAAAAAAAUCCCAAAUCUACUACGUCUAACAUUCGAGGUCAUGGUCAUGAGAUCAGAUUUUUAUUGAUCGGAGGAAUCAUUAAAGGGAAAACGUCUUGCCAAGGUUGAAAGAAAGCCACUAAGUUCCCGUUUCCUGCUAAAUAGAGGUUUCACGAACUUUCUGAUUAUAAAUUUUCAAUUUCUCGAUUAGAUUAAUAUUUCCUCGUUCUCAUGUUGUUUCUUGUGUAACACGAGUCAUGUUUCGUAUAAACGUCGUUUAACCUCUUGAGUUGAAAGCACAAUCUGUCGGGUCGGUGUCUUGCAACCCAAAUAUUUCCAUACGAAAACACACCAGCGGAAUUGAAAGACUAAUCCAACGAGCUAUCACUGAUUAAAAUCGGAGACCGCUUGUUCCCAAAGUUUAAAAAAAUAUCCUGAAAUUUUGGCGAUAUUACUCUUAAGCACGAUUUGUAUGAUUCCUUCAUAAAAUAUCGACCUUUUCCGUCUAGAAUUGAAGUUUCUAUUCUGUUAGUGUAUCACUCGAAGCCUUGUUAAAUAUUGUACGGAUGAACUCCGAUUGAAGAUUAGUUGCCGUUAUUUUUUAAGUUAAAUAAAAGUGACUGCGAAUGCUUUACCGAAAAUUAUUAAUAAGAAGUGACUAAAAAGAAGUAAAAAAAGAAACUUUUACCAAAAAAGAGGAAGAAAUAUGAUUGUACCAAUUUA